AUGUCUGAGCCAGUUUAUUCGUUUGACGCCCCAAACUUCAUCAACUUUCAAGCACUAAAUGAACAAUAUGACAAUGAUGCAGAUUCCUGGUUUGAUCACACGGUUGAUGCAGAGAACGUACCUCCCAAUCGGGAGAACUCGUUCAUGAGGACCCCAGCUUCCAAGAAUCCUGUUCCACCAGUAAAAACUAUAGCUGCUGGAGUUUUGGCUCUUGGAACUCGGUCAAAGAGGUCAUCCCGGAGACUGUCCCUGCAACAAAAGAAAAAACAACUAGCAAAGAUCCAGGAGAACAGACGCACUGUGGCUACUACUCCAACAAGUGACAGGCACCCUCUGAUCAAGAAACAGAAAUUUGGUGUUAAAGGCCAUGAGCUGAAGUCUGGGUUCAGGCCACAGCGGGUACAACGGGCACCCAUCCGUGGAAACUUAGUAGAAAUACCUUUAAACAAGGCCCCUGGAAGUGAUGGGGCUACUUUGGCAGCCAAACUUAAAGCACGCCUGCCUGUUCCUGUAACACCAAUGGUCCUGAAAAGAAAAUCUCUGAACAACAAACUAAAAAGUACAGAAGAUCAAGAACUGGAUAAAAUGCUGCAAUUGCAGCAAGAGGUGAUGGAGCAACGUAGGAAGAACGAGGAGAGUUUGAAAGCUGCUAUUGCGGGAACAGGCCAACCUGUAAAAAAAACAACCUGUCCAACAACUAGAGCAAUCGAUUUCCACUUUCGCACGGAUGAUCGACUUAAACGAUUUCCAGAAAGCCAGCCUGCAGAUGAAUUCAAAGAGGUUGAUUUCACUUCAGCUCUGAGAAGACAUCCUCCUUCUCCGGGGAACAAACGCAAGCUUGAAGAAGAAAUCGAGCCUAGUAAGUUUGUGUCAACGGCUCAGCAAAUUGAAGCGUUCUACAAGCACACACUAUCCCGAUAUCACCUCCGGAGCAGACAGCAGCAGAAUGAAGGUCCAUCGCCUGUGAAAUGUGUUAAACCUAAGCUGACUCAACCCAAGACUCCUCAACUGGAGACAAAGCGUCGCCAUCGCCCUGUGACCUGCAAAAGUACAGCCGAACUGGAGGCUGAAGAACUAGAAGAACUGCAGCAAUAUAAAUUUCAUGCUCAGGAGUUGGAUCGAAGAGUACUUGAUGGGGAUUUAGUUCUUACAAAAAAGCAGUCUGUGAAAGAGCCCACCAAGCCAAUUGGUUUCAAUUUGGAGCUUGAGAAGCGGAUCCAAGAGCGGGAGGCAAAGAAAGAAGAAACCGAAGAGGAAAAGUACACAUUCCAUUCAAGGCCUUGUCCAACUAAAAUGCUUGAGGAAGUGGUGGGUGUUCCAGAGAAGAAAUGUUUAGCCCCUACUGUUCCGAAGUCUCCAGCCUUUGCCCUGAAGAACAGAGUGCGCAGGCCUGCACAUGAGGAAGAACAGGAGGAGCUGCCACUUAUUAAGGCAAAUCCAAUGCCACAUUAUGGUGUACCAUUUAAACCCAAAUCACUGGAGCAAAGACAAAUAAAGCCUGCACCAUUUUCCUUUGAUUCCCGUGACCAAGAGCGUCGGGCACAAAAAGAGAAGAAACUGGAAGAGCUGAGGAAAGAAGAGGUUCCUACAUUCAAGGCCUUGCUUCUUCCUGACUUUGAUCAAAUAUCCCUGCCUGAGAAAAAGGUUAAAACUCCAACGCACCCAGAACCUUUUCACCUCCAAAUAGAGGAGAGGGCAGCCAAGAAGACACAGCGCUGGAAGCAACAGAUUGAAGAGGAGCUCAAACAGCAGAAGGAAGCUGCAUGCUUUAAAGCUCGUCCCAACACCAUCAUCCACCAAGAACCAUUUGUUCCAAAAAAAGAUAGCAGGACGUUGCUUGAGAGCCUUUCUGGUUCCAUAGUUCAGGAUAACUUUGAACUGGCAACUGAGAAGCGUGCCAAGGAAAGGCAAGAGUUUGAGAAGCAGAUAUCUGAGAUAGAAGCAAUGAAGGAGAAGAUGGACAUGGAAGACCGUCUUCGCAAGGAACAACUGGAAAAAGAGGAGGUGGCAGAAAGACAUGAACUGGUUCACAAAGCUCAACCAGUGAGAAAGUACAAGACACUGGAUGUGAAGGCCAGUGUGGUGCCACUAACUAUCCCCAAAUCGCCAACAUUUUCAGACAGAUUCAAGUGCUGA